ACUGCAGCGGAUGUCUUGUUUGAUUACUCCCAUCUCAUUCCGCUUCACUUUCUUCUUUCCGUCUACUCACCAUCUUCAGUCAUCGCUAGAUCAGCCGAACUCAUUUACAAAUGUUUGAAGCGGGGUCUAGCAACCGACCUGUUACUCCACCACCACGUCCGGCACAGAACUUGGAUUUGACACCAGAGCAAGUCAAGCGCGUAGAAAUCAAUCGCCUGAAGGGUAAGCUUUUGAUCCAUUUGCUUAGUGCACCCGAUGCUAUUUUGACAAAAGCCAAGGCGAAACAGAGAGAACGGGAGGCGCCUGCUAGCAGUUCUUCCGCACCUAACGGAAACAACAAACGUCCUUUGCAGGUUGUAUCUGCAGCUUCCGGCUCGCCCACUGCACCUAAGACCCAGGGGAAGCUGAAACGGGACUCUCGUCUUGGAACAUACUUCGAAUAUGACUUAUCCAAGAUGGUUAAUACCAAGGGUGGUUUCUUGGUGGAAGACGGGAAGGAAGUAGAUGAGGACAUGAGACGGAAAGAGAAGGAAAGAGAGAGGCAGCGUGCUGUGCAGAGCCUUGAACCUCCAAUAUUCCUGGAGAGUGAGCGGAAUCCCAAGUGCCAGGAGUGUGGUACUGUCGACAUAGACCAGACAUACAGGAAGGUCUUUGGCUGCUUGGUCUGCAAUAAAUGCAAGAACGAGAAACCAGAGAGAUACAGCCUACUCACGAAGACUGAGUGCAAAGAGGACUAUCUACUCACGGAUGCCGAACUUCGAGACCAGGAACUAAUGCCGCAUCUCCUCAAAGCCAAUCCGCACAAAUCCACAUUUGCCAACAUGAUGCUCUUCCUGCGAUGUCAGGUAGAGGAAUUCGCAUGGAAGAAAUGGGGAUCAUCUGAAGCUUUGGACGCCGAAUGGGAGCGUCGGAUGGCGGAGAAGAAGAAAAAGAAAAACAAGAAGUUCGAGGAAGGUUUGCGCGAGUUGCGCAGACGAACACGAGAGACAGUUUGGCAACGUCGGAAAGACGAAGAACACAAGCAUGUCUUUGGAGUGACGGAGAAAGGGGCGAACGGUAUGGGCAAGCAGGUUUGCCAUGAAUGUGGCUUUACAAUAGAGGUGGAAGAGUUUUGAUUUCACCUUGUGCGCUGUUGCAUGUUCAGGACAUCAUACAUACUAAGGAAUAUACCUCAUGUUACAUCCUAUUUUACUCAAGCAUACCAAUGAUACCUACUCUGUACCAUU